AUGGUCCGGUGCGUUGUCCAAUCUCAAUGGUUUAUCUACUCGAAACAUUUACCCUCCAUAUCUACCGCAAAACGACAUAGCAUUCAGGCUUUCCCAUUAUUUGCCAUCAGUGGACGCGGCUCUUCCAGCCAUACCCUGUCUGCUGACGACAAUGCCAAACCUCUCCUCAUGGGGCCUCUUGACAACGUCAUGCCACGCCACCACAUCACUCCCAAAGCGCUGUUCAUCCCUGCAUCUAGCUCGAGUAAAGAGAAGAUCCUCAACAUCCUCAAAUCCGGGCUCGCCCAAACCAUCAAAGCCAUUCCAACAGUAGCAGGACAUGUCAAAGCCGCUUCGAAUCCGAUCCAAGAAGGCAGUAUGUGUGUUACGACUCCCUUCGGCGCUGUUGAAGACAUCUUCACGGCACAAGAUCUCACUGAAUCUCACCCCGAGAUGGAUUAUGAUGACCUGAAGCGGCGCCACUUUCCCAUGGAGGCCGUGGACUCCAAUGUGGUAUACUCACUCCCAGACUUGAUGAAAGCCGAGAAACCCGUAUUUCUUGCGCAAGCCAACUUUAUCCGGGGUGGGCUCGUCUUAGGUAUAUCGUUACACCAUUCCUUUGGGGAUGGCGCAUCCUUGAAGACGAUUCUUCAGACAUGGGCCACAGGUUGCAGAGGCGAGAGCGCUGCGCCGACUCUCACAGAAUCCACGCGGCGCGAAAGACUGAUGUCUUCAGAGACGGGCGCCAGCUUGGACGAAUUUCCCGAAUACGCGACUAUUCCAGACAACAUUGCUGGCUAUCAACCAGGAGUGGCAAAAGGGGAAGGCCCUGAGAUUGCGCCCGUGCCUCCUCAAGUGGAUUCCCAUGUUUUCUAUCUUUCUGCACAGAGAUUAAAAGAGCUGAAAGAUCUUGCAUCAGCUGAGCUGGAAGGCUCAGACUGGAUAUCCACCAUUGAUGCACUGUCAGCGCUUCUCUGGCGCUCCAUUACAGUUGCUCGAAACCUAGAACCUGGGGACGCUGCAACGGAGGAUACCAGAGUACUCAACAUCCCGUUAGAUGGACGUCGUAUUAUGCGCGAGGAUACGAACUCUUAUAUGGGCAAUAUGAUUCUCUUCAACAACGCAACAACGCCGUUGCGAAACUUGCUCUCGUCCCCACCCCAGCUGCCCGAGAUAGCGCGCACCAUCCGACAAUCCAUAUCACGAAUUGAUGAGAAAUACAUCAAGCGUGCCAUUUCAGCCAUCGGCUCCGUUCCAGAUGUCAGCAAAGUAAUUAUGAGCGGAGGAACAUUUGGCGAAAGCGCCUUGACGAUCUCAUCGUGGGGCAACCUUCACAUGGACUGGGGCCACGUUAUUGGUGGACCAAGCGAGCGUGUGAGAGUUUCGAAGAUACCAUUCCCUGGCGUCUGUGUCAUUCUUCCCGCGUCAGAGCCGGGAAAUAGGAGCACUGAGCCGAAUGGAGUGGAGGUCAUGAUUGGGUUGAAGAGUGAUGACAUGGCACGAUUGAUGAAUGAUCCGUUCUUCGCUAGCUUUGCGGAAUGGAGGUGCAGCUGA